GAUUCAUGAAAAAUUUGAGAUUCAUUAAUUAUUAAUUGUUUAAAUGGAUCUAAAAAUUAAAAUUAUUAAAAUAACUCUAAUUAAAAAAAAAUAUGAUAAAUACAGAAUCUAAUAAAGAAGGAUAAGUGGAAGCAAACUAGAAAGAUAACACAGAUUGUUAAUGCACUGAAAAAUAAUGUGUUGAAUAAUGUUUAUGUAAAACUGGUGGAUAAUGUACGUGUACAAACUGUAAAUGUUCAGAUUGUUAAUGCACUGAAAAAUAAUGUGUUGAAUAAUGUUAAUGUAAAACAGGGGGAGAAUGUACGUGCACAAACUGUAAAUGUAAUAACAAUUGUUAAUGCACUGAAAAAUAAUGUGUUGAAUAAUGUUAAUGUAAAACUGGUGGAUAAUGUACGUGUACAAACUGUAAAUGUUCAGAUUGUUAAUGCACUGAAAAAUAAUGUGUUGAAUAAUGUUAAUGUAAAACUGGUGGAUAAUGUACGUGUACAAACUGUAAAUGUUCAGAUUGUUAAUGCACUGAAAAAUAAUGUGUUGAAUAAUGUUAAUGUAAAACUGGUGGAUAAUGUACGUGUACAAACUGUAAAUGUUCAGAUUGUUAAUGCACUGAAAAAUAAUGUGUUGAAUAAUGUUAAUGUAAAACUGGUGGAUAAUGUACGUGUACAAACUGUAAAUGUUCAGAUUGUUAAUGCACUGAAAAAUAAUGUGUUGAAUAAUGUUAAUGUAAAACUGGUGGAUAAUGUACGUGUACAAACUGUAAAUGUUCAGAUUGUUAAUGCACUGAAAAAUAAUGUGUUGAAUAAUGUUAAUGUAAAACUGGUGGAUAAUGUACGUGUACAAACUGUAAAUGUUCAGAUUGUUAAUGCACUGAAAAAUAAUGUGUUGAAUAAUGUUAAUGUAAAACUGGUGGAUAAUGUACGUGUACAAACUGUAAAUGUUCAGAUUGUUAAUGCACUGAAAAAUAAUGUGUUGAAUAAUGUUAAUGUAAAACUGGUGGAUAAUGUACGUGUACAAACUGUAAAUGUUCAGAUUGUUAAUGCACUGAAAAAUAAUGUGUUGAAUAAUGUUAAUGUAAAACUGGUGGAUAAUGUACGUGUACAAACUGUAAAUGUUCAGAUUGUUAAUGCACUGAAAAAUAAUGUGUUGAAUAAUGUUAAUGUAAAACUGGUGGAUAAUGUACGUGUACAAACUGUAAAUGUUCAGAUUGUUAAUGCACUGAAAAAUAAUGUGUUGAAUAAUGUUAAUGUAAAACUGGUGGAUAAUGUACGUGUACAAACUGUAAAUGUUCAGAUUGUUAAUGCACUGAAAAAUAAUGUGUUGAAUAAUGUUAAUGUAAAACUGGUGGAUAAUGUACGUGUACAAACUGUAAAUGUUCAGAUUGUUAAUGCACUGAAAAAUAAUGUGUUGAAUAAUGUUAAUGUAAAACUGGUGGAUAAUGUACGUGUACAAACUGUAAAUGUUCAGAUUGUUAAUGCACUGAAAAAUAAUGUGUUGAAUAAUGUUAAUGUAAAACUGGUGGAUAAUGUACGUGUACAAACUGUAAAUGUUCAGAUUGUUAAUGCACUGAAAAAUAAUGUGUUGAAUAAUGUUAAUGUAAAACUGGUGGAUAAUGUACGUGUACAAACUGUAAAUGUUCAGAUUGUUAAUGCACUGAAAAAUAAUGUGUUGAAUAAUGUUAAUGUAAAACUGGUGGAUAAUGUACGUGUACAAACUGUAAAUGUUCAGAUUGUUAAUGCACUGAAAAAUAAUGUGUUGAAUAAUGUUAAUGUAAAACUGGUGGAUAAUGUACGUGUACAAACUGUAAAUGUUCAGAUUGUUAAUGCACUGAAAAAUAAUGUGUUGAAUAAUGUUAAUGUAAAACUGGUGGAUAAUGUACGUGUACAAACUGUAAAUGUUCAGAUUGUUAAUGCACUGAAAAAUAAUGUGUUGAAUAAUGUUAAUGUAAAACUGGUGGAUAAUGUACGUGCACAAACUGUAAAUGUAAUUCAAAUACCCAAAAUAAUUAGUCUGAUAGCAACUGA